CAGCGCAGAACUCGACUUGAGAACCGGCAGCGAUUCGAACUUCAGCCGGGUGCAAUGAACACAUGAUCCGACAAAACAAAAAUUUAAAUCUCAUUUACCUCGUUUAUAUGUUACAGUGCACUGGAAAAAUAGUGGCAACUUGAUGCGUUCCUACCAAGUUGGAUGAUAACUACAUAGAACUUUUACGAAUUAAUCAUGUGCUGCGGACCCUGUGGACCCUGCUGCGGACCUUGCUGCGGACCCUGCUGUGGUCCAUGCGGACCAUGCGGAGGAGGAUGUGGACCCUGCUAUGGACCGAAUGUCUGCGGACCAUGCUAUGCCUGUGGACCCUGUGGCGGCUGCUAUUGUGGAUACCCUUGCUGCUAGACAGUUGCAACUGGCCAUGUCCAAGAAGGGUUCACCAGAACACCAAGACGAUAGGAUAGAACCUAUCCCUAUUUCAUCCUCGUAUUCAUCUAAUAUUCGUGAACCACAAAUAUAGGUAUUUGAGACAAUAAAUAUGAGGUGUAAGCUUC